AUGGAGAUGGAUUCGGGCCCAGCGUCGGCCCACAGUACUGUUGUCAUGGAGAUCCCGCCCCGAGGUGCGCUUGCAGUGGUAGAGGAGGACGAGGGGGACGGUGCUGAAGACAGGAUCCAGCACCUUGGGCGGCAUCGGAGCCGCGGUCCACCCUCUGGCUGCGGGAACUACUCCAUGCUUAUCGUGAUAGGAGAGAUUGCAACAGAACAGCAACUGCAGUCUGCCAGAGAGCACAUUGAGCGUGGAAUCCGUUCCUGGGAUGUUGACCUUUUGUCCUGUGCUCUGGAUCAGCAGCUUCAGCUCUUUAUAACUCGACACUCAGCCCAGUUCUCUGCAGAGGUCAGAGGACAAAGGACCUUACACCAUAAAAGUGAUGUUCUUGAAACUGUGGUCUUAGUCAAUCCAUCAGAGGCCUCAGUUGCUUUAGAGAUCCACUGUCUUCUUUCUGACCCAGCUGAGCACAAGCUACUGGUUCUGAGUGGACAGACUUCAGACCAAGGUGACCUCGUUCUCCAGACUGGGGUGUUUACUUAUCAAAUCUUCUCUCGUGUCUUUGCUGAGCACAGGGCCCGUGACCUGCUGGGAAAAGCAGCCCCCCAGCAGCGGGCCACACUUACGGUGUUCUGCAGAACAGAGGUGGGCUGGAGCUCUCUGGGGCAACAUUUAAAGGAGUAUCUGGACUACAGACUGAACCCUGAACCUGUGCUGCCCAAGAUGGAGGGUGUCACAGAGUUCACAGAGUACAUAUCUGAAACAGUGGAUGUACCGUCUCCAUUUGAUCUUCUUGAACCUCCCACUUCUGGAGGCUUCCUAAAACUAUCCAAGCCCUGCUGUUACAUUUUCCCCGGAGGAAGAGGGGACUCUGCACUUUUUGCGGUUAAUGGCUUCAACAUUCUGGUUGACGGUGGAUCAGAGCGUAGAUCAUGCUUCUGGAAACUUGUCAGACACCUGGAUCGCAUUGAUUCCAUUCUUCUUACCCAUAUUGGAGCCGACAACCUUCCCGGCAUCAACGGACUCCUCCAGAGGAAGAUAGCAGAGCAGGAGGAGGAGCAGUCACAAGGCUCCACCACCUACAGUGACUGGAUGAAAAACCUGAUCUCACCAGAGCUUGGUGUUGUGUUUUUCAACGUACCUGAGAAGCUACGCACGUCUGAAUCGAAUUUAAAAGUUAAGCGGAGUAUCGAGGAGGCCUCUCUUACAUUGCAGUACCUCAGUAAGCUGGAUAUUAAGCCUGAACCUCUUUUUCGAGUGGUCAGUAAUACCAUUGAACCUAUCACACUUUUCCAUAAGAUGGGUGUUGGCAGGUUAGACAUGUAUGUCCUGAACCCUGUGAAGGACAGUAAAGAGAUGCAGUUUCUUAUGCAGAAGUGGGCAGGAAACAGCAAGGCCAAAACAGGAAUUAUUCUCCCCAACGGAAAGGAGGGAGAAAUAUCAGUACCUUACCUGACAUCUGUAACUGCUCUAAUAGUGUGGCUCCCAGCCAGCCCCACAGAAAAGAUUGUCAGAGUGCUGUUUCCUGGUAACGCACCACAGAACAAAAUCCUUGAAGGUCUUGAAAAGCUGAAGCAUUUAGAUUUUUUGCGAUACCCAGUAGCCACACAAAAGGACAUAUCCUCUGGAGCAGCACCUUCAGCUGUAAAACAGACAAAGCUAAAGCAAAGAACAGACAGCAAAGAAAGUCUGAAAUCAUCUCACAAAACACCUGCCACUCCAAAACCCAAAAAAGAAACUGACGUACAGGAAGAUCUAUUGAAUAUUGAGAUGAAGAGUGAUUCUGUCAAAGAGGACAAGAUUGAGCAAAAAGAGGAGAAAAAACAGACUAAACCACUGAAACCAAAGGCUGAAGUGACCGAAAAGAAAAAAAUAUCAAAGGAAAAAAUUUUGAAAAAACAUAUCAAGGACAGGGCUUCCAAAAUGGAUGAGAAAAAAGACAAGGAAAAGAAAGAGAUUAAGAAAGAUCGACAUGAAAUUAAAAAAGAUGACACAGCAAAAAAAGUUGAGAAAAAAGAUGGUAGGAUAAAGGAGAAGGAACCCUCAAAACCAGAGCUAAGAAAGAUUACCAAGCCUGAUCUCAAACCUUUUACACCAGAAGUCAGAAAGACUCUUCACAAGGCAAAAGUUCAAGGAAAAUCCAAGACAGAGAAGAUCAAAAGCAUAGUUCACAAAGCAGACAAAAUAGAGGUGGAGCCACCUGCUGAGAAAGUCGAGCCAGAAGCUCUGGAGAAUGGAACAGGAGUAGACAGGUCUGCUCAUUCAACUCCAGAAGAUUUGACUAAGGAUUUUGAGGAGUUUAAACAAGGCAAAGUUUCUACAGAUGUAACUGAGCCAUCCGAAGCCCCUGCACUUUCAGAAGCACCAGAUAACAAAACUUUGUACCCAGGCCCUACUGAGGAUGAAGAAGGAUCUGUUUCCCCUAGCAAAGCUAGCGAAAUACAACAACCUGAACCCCUCGACAAAGGUGUGAUACCAACAGCUGCUGAGUUCAAGCAAGAACCUUUAACCCAAGAGAGUGCAUUGCCAACAAAAACAGCUUCUGUAAUCCAAGAAAAGGAAGCUGAAAUUUUUGAGGAUGAGGGUGCUGCCAUAGAAGAUGAAGAGGAAGAAGAGGACAAGGUACACGUUACUGAGGUGAGCAAAGUAGAGGAAGAAGAAGACAUGGGCAUAGGAGAUGAAGAAGAAGAUGGGAAAUGGAAAGACAGUAAAGAUUUUGAGGUGGUGGACCGCAAACAUGAAGAUGAGGAAAUGGAGAAGCAUACAGAGAGGGAGGAAGUGAAAGAAUCAAAGACUGAACCUGAAGAUGAACAGUAUGAAGAUGAUGGUAUUGAAAAAGCUGAACUGGAGGAAGCUGAAGAUUUGGAUGCCAUUGCAGAUGAGGAAAUAAAAGAUGGCGCUGAGGAAAAGGUCAGUAAAGAAUGGGAGCUUAAGCCGGCCGCAGAGACUUUUGGGACCAAAGAAGAUGAAGAUGCCUACCUGUCUAAUGUAGGGGUUGUUACGGCUGGCAUUACAUCUACAGCACAAGGAGCUGCUGCAGCAGAGAACAUAUCUUACAUCCAGGACGAAACUAUCCCUGGUUACUCUGAAACUGAGCAGACUAUUUCAGAUGAAGAGAUUCAUGAGGAAACUGAGGACAGGAUACCGCAACUGCAUUAUGAAGUUGGCACGUAUGAUAUAUCAGUCCCAGAUCAAACAGGCUCCUUUGAUGCCAUCCAUGGUAUGAGAGAGAUGCAAGCUACAGCUGAUAUAGCAGCAAAAGCCGGACAGGAACCUGUCAUUUCUGUAUACACUAACAUUAUUGCUGCUCCAUUGGCCGAGGAAGAACAUGUCUCUUCAGCCACAUCUAUUACUGAGUAUGACAAGUUAUCUUCUUUCCCCACCUCCAUUGCUGAAGAUCAGUCUGUUGCGUCAGUCACGGCACCACAGGCAGAGGAGACUGGAAAAACCUCUCCUUUACAAGACACUGUCAAUACUGUACACCCAUUGACCCCCUCUGAAGCUACCCAGGGAAAGGAGUACCUACAUUCUGCUGGGACCAUCUCACCGACAUCCUCUUCAGAGGAGGACAAGUACUUCAAGUCACCUCCUCCUGAGGAAAGUCCUCCUGUUGUCUCUGAUGUGAAAACAGAGGGCAAGGAAACAGAAGUCCAUUAUGAGGAGGAGGAGGAAGAGGAGGAGGAUCAAACACCAAAUAUUGACAUUACACUUGGUAAGCUGCAAGAGGGAUAUGCCUCACCUUUAAUGGCCCAAGGCAAGGAGACAGAUUCUGAUAAGGCCUACAUUGUUCAACCUACCCUUGAACUGACUCCAGAAACAAAAUCUGUAGAGAAAGGGGAAAACAUGGCUUUAUCACCCAGAGGAGACACAAUAUCUGAAAUACCUUCCAAACCCCCUUCUCCUUCACUUGCUAUUUCCAAAGCAUUAGUUCCUGAGUCAGGUGUUGAGGCUGAAGAUCGAUGCUUUAGUCCAGAUGACAGCACUGUGAAAAUGGCCUCUCCAACACAAUCUGGACCACCUAGCACUUGUCACUCUCCUCUCCACCUCUCACCUGUUGAGAGUAAGACCAAAGAUUUUCCAGAACCACAGGAUGCUGUCCAGUGUUUAGAUGCGAAACCUGAUGAUGAAAUUGAGAAACAAAAAGCACAAUUUGAUAUUCAAGAAGCAAGUUUGAAGGACAAGUACGAAGCAGAUACUCUUGGUGAAAUUCACAAGGUAGCUGAAAAAGACAUCCACACUGCAAAAGAACAAGAGGAGAAAGAAAAAUUUUCUUUCAAAGACUUCAGACAAGACCAAGAGAAUGGCGUUGAUGAAGAGGAGAUUAUAUGUGAUGAGAUGACAAAACCAGUGAAAGAAUCUGAAAUAAAAGAUGACAGUAUGACUGUGCAUACUGAAGAACAAAGCUACGGGCAAUCCAAAUAUGAUCCAUAUGAAAAGCCAGUCUCAAAGGACCUCAUCACAGAUACCAAGGUGGAAGACCUUCCCAUGUCUGAGCUGUCAGGAAGAAUAGAUAUUGCUGACAAUAGGAGAGCUAGCCUGUCUGCUGCUAUUGACAUAGAGGAACACAGUGAAGAAGAACCAGUGUCAUUUAGCAAAGUUGAUUAUCACACAAGUAUCCAGCUCAGUGACAGUGCCUUUUCUGAACAGGACAGUAAGGAGAAAGGUCAGGAAGAAGAAUUUGUGAAAGAAGUGAGACAUGAUACUCCUUUUGUAGACAAGAGCUUUACAUAUUCAGAAACUUAUGACAACCAGACCACACAAACAGGAGAUCCAAACUUACUUGCUGAUAAGCCGGAUAAGGUGGAGAAGGAUGAAGAGAACGGCAAAGGAGAGAGGGAAGACACCUCGUUAGCACUGCCCACAGCUUCUGAUAUUGACAGCACUAAGACAACUCCCAAAGGUGAGGUACACAAAGAGGAGGAAUCAUCUAAAAAAGAACUUCUGUGUCCAUCACCCGGUCAAUCUUAUUUUGAAACUCAAACCUCAGGAACUUCAUUACAGACUGAUGACAUGUCUGAAAGUCAGACCACAACAAAGCAAAGUAAGCAGAAGGGGGAAUCAGCAGAACUAGAGAAGUCAGAAAAAGACAAAAUGGCCUCCACCAAAUGUGAGAUCAAAACAGAGCAAAUUUCCUCUGAUCAUCACUCACCAGCAGCAAAAGAUAUUAUGCCUCAUCAGUCAUCACCUAACAAUGUAGAAAGCCAGUCUGCUGCUGCUCCUUGCGUUGCAUACAGCAAGCAACAGGUAGAUGAAAAUGUAGUUGCUUCUGAGUAUUCCUGCAAAGCCAGCUCUCCUGCCAGCAAAACACAGACUGGCUAUGAUGAAAGGGAAGCUGUCUCAACUGGAAGAGAUCAGAGGAUACUGGCAGAGGAAGAGUAUGUUUAUGAGGAUGAGGAAGAAGAAGAAGAAGGUGAGGCCAGUGACUUAGAUUUGGAGAAAGGUGCUAGGGAAAUAUCUGAAAAAGAAAAAGCGGAAUCUGGUGAUAUCUGCAGUGCUAAAUUCUCAGAGAAAUAUCAAGAGGAAAAAGAGAUUAAUAUUCAAGACUUGGGAUCCAGUUCCACAAAACAAGAGGAAGCCUUAGAAGCUGGGAGCAUCCAUCCAAAACAAGAAACAGCAGAACAUCUUUCUAAAGACUCAGCUACUCCCUCCUCCCAUGUUUCAGAAAUGCACCCUGAGACACUUGUGUCUGAUCAGUCCUCUGAACUUGGUCACUCCGAUGACAAGGAGGGGAAGGACACUUGCCUUAAGUCAAAGGACAGUGAUGUUAGCUCAGACUUCCUCACUAAGUCUGAAGAGGUAAAGGAUGAUUGUGAAGUGGGGAAGACUUCAGAUAAAGAACCUGAGAGAGCUGAGGGUGCAGCGUGUGCCUACACAAGUAUGUUUGCAACUGCUUAUUCUUCAUCGUCAUCAUACAGCUACUCUUCGUCAACUUCUGCCUCUUUUUCAACUGGCCACCCAUUCCCAGAGGGGUUAGAGGCCCAUAUCUCCAUGCCCAGUGCUCAUUUUAGGCCAGAUUCUGAUAGUGCUUCCAUUGAGUACUCAUUCAAAGAUGAACACUCCCUAACUAUGGACUCUCCCUUCUCAAGUUCUGGGGCACAGUUGAAAGAUGAAUACGUCGAGGUCUCUGAGAGACUUACCCCUGCAACUACGACAGCUGAAUCCACAUCUAGUCUUACAAGAUUUUCUCCUCUCAGUCCCUUUGAGGAGAGCAAACCAUUUUCUCCAGUCCUAGCAACACCAGUGGAAUAUAAGACAGAGGAUGAUGCAUCAUUAAGUAUCAAAGAGGACAAGGAUAAGUAUUCUGAUACACAGCCUGAAUCUGCAGAUGAACAAAUGUGUUCAAAAGUAUUGGAUUCUGUUGACACUAAGCAAAUAGAACCAGAGUCCACUACACAAAGUCUUUUUAAUGUUACCCCAUUACAGAAAGCUGACUCUAAAGACAAACACUCUCAAGAAGAAUCAUCUGAUAUUGAGCAGGAUGUUCACUCAAGCGAUUUUGAGGAAGGAACCUUGCCCUGCCGAAUUGAAUGCCAAAGAUCUUCGGUUGCUAGUCAGAAGGAAAACAUGACGUCUUUGCCAGAGCAACUUCCUGUUGACAAAUCAUCCAGUGUAACUGAUACUGUGCCUGAUGUGAUGAGGAAGCCAGAGGAAAGCUCAUCAGACAUACCUGCAGAGGUCAGCAAAAGCCCUGAAGAGGCUGCAGACACAGCAGUUGGAAGAUCCAGCGGUGACAAGGAUAUAAUGAAAACAGAGCUAAAAGUUGACAAAAAAGAGAAGGAAGACACAAAUAAGAUGGAUGAUCAGACAGUUGAUGUACAAAAAGAUAAGGAAAGCCAUUUACAAGAAGAAAAAGAGGAGAUGGUCCAGGGAACUAUUGAGGAAAAGCUUAGGGGAGAUGACAGAUUGGAUGGAGAGAAAGACAUUAAAGGGGAUAAACAGGCAGAAAAGCCUGAUGAAAAGAUAGACAGCAAAGAAAAACUGGAAAUGAAGGAUGAUAAGGACAAAGAAUGGAAGGGUGAGGAAGCAAAAGAAGAGGCUGAAAAGAAGGAGGAACAUGCAGAUGAAGGACAAGAGAAGUUAGAGCUAGUGGAGGAGGAGAGGGAGAUGAAAGACACUGAGAGUACAACAGUCAAGAGUAAGGCUGAAGAGCAAGAGGAGCAGAAUGGGUCUAGACAAAGUACCACCUCUAAAAGGUCGGAGACAGUUUCUACAGAUCAAUCCAAGAAGUCAGAGGAGUUCACCCGUCCUUCUGACUUGUCCAUGGAGGCCACUUCAUCACAUUCCACUACAGUAUACAAACACUGCAAAGGAGAGAGCUCACCGUCAUUCAUAAAUCCAAGCCCACAUCAGUUUUCCAGUGAGGAGGGAGAAGAGGAUGGUGGAAGUGACCAAUCGAGGGAAGAGUAUGAUGACGAUGAACGUGAGCAGCACUCAGUGAAGAGGAGGUCUCACAGGCAGCCUCAUCAUCACACUUACAGUCAGCAUAGUGACAGCAAGGAGGCAUCACACAGCCUGCCCAGCAGCAUGCUGUGUGCAGGAGAAGAAACCCCUCCCACUUCUUUGAGUGAAUCACUUCCCUCCCAGUCUGAUUCUGAUGUGCCUCCAGAGACAGAGGAAUGUCCUUCCAUCACAGCGGAGGGAAACUUGGACUCUGACGAAGAUGCAGAGCAUUUGCCUGUUGAUAAGCUGACUGCAGCUGGAGGUAGUGGCAGCCAUUAUUCGUCCUCCCCACGAAGUCAUGAUCCGCCACCUGCGCCCAUGAAAGACCCUGUCCCUCACCCUGCUCACCCUGAUGUGUGUAUGGUUGACCCAGAGGCUCUGGUUAAUGGCCAAAGCCACACAGAGCAGCCGGUUAAGAAAGACCUUAAAUCCAGCAAAGGCUUGAGGAAGACCAUUGGGAAAAAGUCUGCAUCACCAGCUCGUAAAGGUGAUACAAAAAGCAAGAGAUCUCCUACCCCAGUGAAACAGACAUCCAAGGACUCUUCACCCCAUGCUUCAUCUCUGAAAAGGAAAGAUUCUGAAAGGACAUCUCGGGUUUCCAGAGCAUCUGAGGUGAACGGAUCCAGGGGAGAUAAUAUCAACCCUGGAAAAGCACUGGUCAAUGGUGUUAAGAGCAAUUUAGGUUCCAAUCCCCAGAAAUCCGGUUCUGCUGUGCCACCAGGACCGCCCAUCUAUGUCGACCUUGCCUACAUUCCCAACCACUGCAGUGCUAAAAACGUGGACCAAGAGUUUUUCAAACGAGUUCGUGCAGCAUACUACGUAGUGAGCGGAAACGAUCCAGGCAAUGAUGAACCAAGCCGUGGAGUCCUGGAUGCACUGCUGGAGGGUAAAGCACAGUGGGGAACUAAUCUCCAGGUGACUCUGAUUCCAACCCAUGACACAGAGGUGACCCGGGAGUGGUACCAGCAGACCCAUGAGAAACAGCAGGACCUCAAUAUCAUGGUCCUUGCAAGCAGCAGCACUGUUGUUAUGCAGGAUGAGUCUUUCCCAGCCUGCAAGAUUGAGUUUUAG